AUGGGUAAGAUGAAUUAUUUUCUUGGACUUCAAAUUAAGCAACUAAAUAAUGGAAUCUUCAUCAACCAAUUCAAGUAUUGCAAGGAGUUGUUGAAAAGAUUCGACAUGGUUAAUUGCAAAGCAAUGGCUACUCCAAUGGGAUUCGGAACUUAUAUUGAUCAAUAUGAAUUCGGCGUUUCAAUUGAUAUCACAGAGUAUCGAGGUAUGAUUGGCUCACUACUAUAUUUAACGGCAAGCCAUCCUGACAUAAUGUUUAAUGUUUGUCUUUGUGCAUGGUUUCAAGUCAAUCCAGAGGAAUCACAUCUUGCCUCCGUGAAGAGAAUCAUGAAGUAUCUCAAAGGAACAACGAACGUCAGCUUAUGGUAUCCCAAAGGUAGUAUAUGUUACUUUCUUGAUUAUUCUGACUCAGACUAUGCAGGUUGUAAAACAGAUCGAAAAAGCACAAGUGGGACAUGUCACAUCCUAGGAAACGCUCUUGUAUCAUGGUUCUACAAGAAGCAAGCAUGUGUGUCUCCUAGUACGAAUGAAGUAGAAUACAUUCGUGUAGGAAAUUUUUACGCUCAAAUACUUUGGCUAAAAUAA